AUGGAAUGGAAAAAUCUUGGUGCUAGGCUUAAAACACAUGAAACAAGUAAUGAGCAUAUAGUUAACAUGAAUGCUUGGAUUGACUUAGAAUUGAGACUUGAAAAUAAUAAAACAAUAGAUAAAAGUGUGCAAGAACGAAUUAAUAAGGAGAAGAAACAUUGGAGAAAUGUUUUAGUAAGAGUAAUUGCUAUUGUAAAAAGUCUAGCUAAGAAUAAUUUGGCAUUUCGCGGAAAUAAUAAAAAGAUCUACCAAGAGAACAAUGAAUUUUUUUUAAGUUUAAUUGAACUGAUUGCUGAAUUUGAUCCAAUUAUACAAGAACAUGUUCGACGUAUUCAAAAUAGUGAAAUUCAUAAUCAUUAUUUGGGACACAGAAUUCAAAAUGAGUUGAUUCAAUUAUUAGCGAGUGAAGUGGAAAAUACAAUUUUGAAAAAAGUCAAAGAAGCAAAAUAUUUUUCAAUUAUACUUGAUUGUACUCCAGAUUUAAGUCAUCAAGAACAAAUGUCUCUUAUAUUGAGGUGUGUAGAUAUCUCAACUAGUCUAACAAGAGUGGAAGAAUCUUUUUUGGGAUUUUUAAAAGUGGAUGAUACUUCUGGAAAAUGUCUUUUUAGUGAACUCGCAAAAGAAAUUGAAAAUUUGAAACUUGACAUCAAUGACAUAAGAGGACAAGGAUAUGAUAAUGGAUCUAGCAUGAAAGGAAAGCACCAAGGUGUACAAAAGAGAUCAUUAGAGUUAAAUCCUAGAGAAUUAUAUACACCUUGUGGUUGUCAUAAUCUUAAUUUAGUACUUUGUGAUGUUGCUAAUUCUUGUGUUAAAGCUGUAUCAUUUUUUGGUGUUUUACAACAUAUAUAUUCAUUCUUCUCUUCUUCACCUAAGCGAUGGACAAUAUUGAAAAAUAAUAUAUCUACUUUGACUAUGAAAUCAUUGUCUCAAACUCAUUGGGAAAGUCGCAUUGACAGUGUUAAGGCAAUUAGAUUUCAAACUCCAAAAAUAAUAGAUGUUUUGCUUGAACUAGUAGAAACAAGUGAUGAUCCUAAAAUAAUGAGUGAAGCUAAAUGUCUAGCAACUUAUGAAUUAGAGAAUUUUGAAUUUUUGUUAGGCAUGACUAUUUGGUUUAAUAUUUUGUUUGAUGUCAAUUCAAUUAGUAAAAAUUUACAAUGUAAAAAUAUGGAUAUUGACAAUGCUAUAAAUCAGUUAAUGACCUUCUUUCUUAUUUUGGAAAUUAUAGGAAAGAUGGAUUUGUUUCUGCUAUGA